AUGUUGAUAGUGAUUUCCGAGCACCCAAACACUAUUCAUCCGCAGCGCAGCCAGCGAAACGGCAGCAGCAGCGGGCGCAAAGUGGUUCCCCGGCCCGGCACGCAGACCAUCGAUCGCAAUCUUCGACGCCACCGCCGCGAGGUGCCGACCGCGCCGCGUAGCGCCAGCCUGCAGCAGCGCCCCGUCGCCGAGGCAGCCGCUCGCCCCCUCCUCGCCCACAUCAACAACAAGACGCCCACCGUGGCUGCCAAGAAGCCACUGGAAUCGGUGAGCCUGGUGCCGGCCGGGCACGGCCAUUCGAAGGAGAGCCAGAAGGCACGGGAGCAGCAACACCAGCAGAAGCCGGAUGGAACAGGGUCGGGUGCAUCGAAGAAGGCCCCGCCAUCUGUCGACGAUAUCAGCAGAAAGAGGAAGGCCCAUCAUCAGCAGGCCGUUCAGCCGCAGCACGCGGUUGUCGUGGCCCCUCCGCCUCCUCUGCCCGCUCAAGCUCCUCCUCCGCAGCGCGCCCCGCCCCGCAUCCCGUCCAUCACCAACCAGGAGGAGUUGCGCGCCCACGGCUCCCCGCAGCGCCAGCCGCCUCAUCUGAUGACCCCCCGGCACCAGGCCCACGCCUCCCCGCAGAAAGUGUUCCCGCCCGAGAACGUGGACGACGUCGCCGAGCGGCAGCGCAUCGAGCGCAACAUCCAAGAGCGCAUCCAGGCUCGUCAACGCCUGCGCCACCACUACCCGAUCGACCCCGAGGAGGACACGCUGUACGAGGUGCCGCCGAGGAUGCCGGAGAUCAACCUGAUGCACUGU